ACUCGCUGUAACUUGACGGCGCUAUUAAAGAGGGGCAGACGGCUCUCCCGGAACUCUGCAGCCGCAUCGGCUCUGACAAUUUCAACAUCGGGGUUCGGUCCAACAUGGCAGCUUACGGAUGGAAAUACUGAUGACAGUCCGAAAGAUCGCCUCGAUUUGUACGAUGGGCGCCAAUGCCUCUGCCUUGGAAAAGGAGAUUGGACCGGAACAGUUUCCCGUUAAUGAACACUACUUCGGAUUGGUUAAUUUUGGCAACACCUGCUACUGUAACUCAGUGCUGCAGGCUCUGUAUUUCUGUCGACCGUUCAGGGAGAAGGUGUUGGCGUACAAGGUGCAGCCGCGUCGUAAGGAGUCCCUCCUCACCUGUCUGGCCGACCUGUUCAACAGCAUCGCCACGCAGAAGAAGAAAGUCGGAGUCAUCCCUCCCAAGAAAUUCAUCUCACGGCUGAGAAAAGAAAAUGAGCUGUUUGACAACUACAUGCAGCAGGACGCCCACGAAUUCCUCAACUACCUCCUCAACACCAUCGCAGACCUGCUCCAGGAGGAGAAGAGCCAGGAGCGACAGCAGAACGGAAAACUGGUGCAGAAUGGAGGAGGAGGAGGAGGAGGAGGUGGAGGGGGAGGGGGUGGAGGAGGGGGAGGAGGUGGUGGAGGAGGAGGAGGAGGAGAGGGAGGAGAAGGGGAAAGCGGAAAGGAGACGCAACAGACUUGGGUCCACGAGAUCUUCCAAGGCACACUGACGAACGAGACGCGCUGCCUCAACUGUGAAGCUGUGAGCAGUAAAGACGAGGACUUCCUGGAUCUGUCGGUGGAUGUAGAGCAGAACACCUCCAUCACGCACUGUCUCAGGGGCUUCAGCAACACAGAGACGUUAUGUAGUGAAUAUAAGUACUACUGUGAGCAGUGUCGCAGCAAACAGGAAGCCCAGAAAAGGAUGAGGGUAAAGAAGCUGCCGAUGAUUCUCGCCCUACACCUGAAGCGUUUUAAAUACAUGGACCAGCUUCACCGCUACACCAAACUGUCCUAUCGCGUCGUCUUCCCCCUGGAGCUCCGCCUCUUCAACACGUCCGGGGACGCCACCAACCCGGACCGCAUGUACGACCUGGUGGCUGUUGUUGUACACUGUGGCAGUGGUCCUAACCGUGGCCACUACAUCACCAUUGUCAAGAGCCACGGCUUCUGGCUGCUGUUUGAUGACGACAUUGUAGAGAAAAUUGACGCGCAGGCGAUCGAGGAGUUCUACGGUCUGACUUCGGACAUUUCCAAGAACUCUGAGUCAGGAUACAUCCUGUUCUACCAGUCCAGAGACUGAGCCAGCCAGUGGUAAAAAUCCCCAACGAACUGUCACUCAACAGAAGGGGGAGGGGCUUACGGCAGCCACCGGCUCCGCCCAGUACGCUCACAUAAGUAUCCAGGCUUUAUUCCCUGUAGGCGGAGCUUUGCACUGGAGCGUCACGCGGAUCGGUUGAGACGUGUGCAAGGUCGCAUGGCAGCCUCCUGGAUUAUGACCGUUACCAUCCUCUGAGCCCACACUGCAACAAAGCACCUUAGAAAACUUUUUUUUUUUUAUUAAAAACGGCUGAUUCCGUCAUACUCGGCGCGCUUUGCACUGUGGCAUCAGCUGGGACGACCCGAGUAACGCCAAUCCAAGAGGCUGACAUCGCCGUGUGCACAGCGGUUCAUUUUUUUGGAGGGAAAAAAGCAGUUUGAGACCGUGGAGAUGAUGCAGAUUUAACCAAUCAACUGUUUUUCGGAUGAACGUCCGUGAUGGAGGAUCGUAAUAUUCCUCGUCAUGAGUAACCACCGGUGUCAUCACACUUCUUUAGCCUUUUUUUUGUGUGUGUGUGUGUGUGUGUGUGUAUAUUAUACCGUGCUAAAAUUAGCUUUCCACAGUGACCGUAAGGGUUUCCUUAGCUUUUAUGCUAACACACAGGUACCAUGCGAUCACUUUAAACAACACCCCCCUCUCCCCCUUUCCUCCCCCCGAAACAUUCUCUAGCGGAGAAACUAAUACCUGACAGCUUUGAUAGAUGUCCCACCUGUCACAACAAAACUACUGACACUACCUUUUUAACGAAAAGAAAAGUUUUUGAAACGUGUUCGGAGCGCAGAGCGGCGCGGCGACGCAGUUGCUAGUUUGCAGUGUUUGUAUCAUACGGUGGGUUGCCAUGAAGUGGUGCUAACAAGUGUUAUUGGCAAGGCGGGAAAUGAAAAACCAGCCACUUUUAGAGAAAAGUAUUGAAUCGGUUAAAUUCGGCUUUGACAGAUGAGUAAAGCUAAUUAUUUUCAGUUUUUACAAAGACUAUUGGGGAAUUUAUUGUUUUUGAUUUCAAAUAUUAAAGAAAAACAAGGGAAAACUAAAAAAAAAAAAAGCUGGGUGAAAGUCUAAUUUUACCUGAAAUACAGUUUACAGUAUCUGUAAUUUAACCAAUAUUGUUUUUUAUGUAUUUUUAAAAGUUUAUUUCAGCAGCUCAUUUGCGUUUUUCCCUAUUUUCCUUUUAAUUUUCUAUAACAAGGUGCAUUCUAUGAGUGUGUUUUACUCUUAAAUGCGGUAAUCUGCAUCCUGAAGCAGAAAAACACAACUUUUUGAUGAUCAGAAACAUAAAAUAUUGGUAAAAAUCAGUUUAAACCCAGAUAUCUGGAGGUUCUUUUAGGGUAAAAACUGAAAAGAAUGAGCCUUACAGAUCGCCAACAACCCUGUUCUUGUUUAAAUGUAGCUGGUUACGCGGCGAAAGCGGCUGGUGAGAACGUCACUGGUGUGUCGUGCCAUUAGAGGUCAUGUUUGGUGCCACAGUGGGGU